CGGGAGCCACCCGGCCAUCCCCCAGGGCCAGGCAGAGCCGUCUGGGGAACUGGUCCUGCCCAUGCUGGCGCAGCUGCGAUUGCUGGAUCAGAAAGAUCCCAGCACCAAGCUGUGGUGUGCUGUUGGGAUGGGCGUGUCCUGGACAAAUGGCAGCAACUCGGAUGGGCCCAAUCCUGCCCCGCCCAGCCUGGUGUGGGUUUGCUCUGGGACGCACUCGGCCAGCGAGGUCAUGGUGAUGGACGCCACCCGGGCCAACCUUGUCCUGGCCCAGUUUGUGCUGCCCAACACCCAUGUGCUGUGUGCUGCCUGGCUGCCCGGUUACCGACCACGCAGUGCUGAGAGCACGGAGCUGGAACCCAAGACCCUGGAGGACCUGCUGGCCCCCACCCCGCCAGAGCCAGAGGAGGAGCCGGGGACCCCCGAAGGCGUUGGCACCACGGCCACGGUCUGGCUGGGCACGCAGGAGGGCAGCAUUUCCAUCUACUCGGCCUGCGGGGGCUGGCGGCGGUGCCUGCGCACGGUGCAGCUGCAGGACGCCGUGCACAGUGUGGUGUGA